AUUCGGUGAAAGAUAUUUCUUACACCAUGUAUAGUACGUAUAGUACUCUGGGGGAAGUUAUGGGUUUGUUUAAAACUGCAUUACGUCAUUAAGCUACACUGAGCUACACGCCACGUGCGACCUGAGUAGGACGUGUUAACAACUUGAUAUCGCAGAUAUAAAGCCUAUCUCAAUAUAAUUUCUUCAGAACGUUUGAUUGCACAGUGAUAGCAAUAAUACUGUGCUCAUGUCGUCGCGCAAUUUUCGUUUGGGUUUGAUCCAGUUGUUGGUUGGUCACAACAAAUCAGAAAAUGUUAAAAGAGCAUUGAAUUUAAUAAAAACUGCGAAGACCAAUGGAUGUCAAGUUGUUGCUCUCCCUGAAUGCUUUAACAGUCCCUAUGGAACAAGUACUAUGAGAAGAAAAAAAAAUGCAAAUACCUACAGGAAGUAUUUCUCAGAGUAUGCUGAAAAUGUACCUAAUGGAUCUACUUGCCAAAAUUUAUCCAAAGCUGCAAAAGAAAACAACAUAUACCUCAUUGGUGGUUCGAUACCUGAAAUUGAUGGGGGAAAAUUGUAUAACACAUGCACUGCCUGGGGACCAUCUGGUGAACUACUUGCUCAGCAUAGAAAGGUCCACCUGUUUGACAUUGAUAUUCCAGGAAAGAUUACUUUCAAAGAGUCAGAAACUUUAAGUGCUGGCAGCAACUUUACAUUUUUUGACACACCAUUUUGUACCGUUGGUUUGGGAAUAUGCUAUGACUUGCGUUUUGAAACAAUGGCAAGGAUUUAUCAAAAAAAAGGCUGCCAGCUGUUGAUAUAUCCUGGAGCAUUUAAUAUGACAACGGGGCCUCUUCACUGGGAACUUCUUCUUCGAGCUCGUGCUACUGACAAUCAACUGUUCAUGGCAGGUGUUUCACCAGCGCGUGUUGAAAAUGCAGAUUAUGUGGCAUGGGGACAUUCCACUGUUGUAGAUCCUUGGGGAAAAGUACUUGCGAAAGCGGAAUUUGAUGAAGAAAUUGUCUAUGCUGAUAUUGAUCUAAAUGCAUUAGAAGAAGUAAGGAAAAGUAUACCCAUUUCAGUUCAAAGUCGCGAUGAUAUUUAUGAAGUAAAAAUGUUGACAAAAUGAUUGGCUCUAAAACUUGUGUUUUGAUUUUUAAGAAUAAAAAUAUUAAAAACACAUGAAAUUUUGCUUUCACUAUUGUAAAUUAGUGAUCCAUCUACUUGAAAACCUGUAUCUCAUUUAUAUGCUAUUUUAGUGAUAUCCAUUUUAUGAAACUACAUGUAAAUGUAGGCUAUUUUAAACAACCUGAUGUAUGGCUUUUAAUAAAUAUUUUAUUGAAAAAUAUACAUGUUUUUAAAUGAACAUUCAAUUCAAAAGAUUUUUUUUAUUUCUUAUGGAUUCAUAAUUAUUAUAGUGUUAAACUUUUUAAUUGGUGGAGAGGAAAUCAAAUAUUAGUUGCUGCAAGUGAAUGAAAAAAGGUUAUUGUGUGACAGUAAAAUAAGUACUGCAAAAGAUCUGCAAUUAAAAUAUUUUUUUAAGCACACCAAUUAAAUGUUUGUUUGCAGAGUAGAUUGAAAGGUCCAUUCCUUGCAAGCCACGAGAAAUGGGACUGCAAUGGGCUAAUACAGCACAGUCAUCACUGGCCUUGGUUCAAAAUAAAAGCUUUUCUCUCAAUUCCUAUGUUUUUGGGCUUAACUUUGCUGAUGUGUUAAUAUGAGCGAAAGUAGUAAUGUUAUAAAUAUUGUUCUGUUUUUAUAAUUGCUUCAAACUACCAUUCUUGAUAAUAUUAAGAUCAUUAAAAAUCUCUUCUAGACCAAACAAGAAAUGAACGUGUAAAAGAAGUUCAGAGAAAUUGGAAGUUGGGAUGAAAAGUAUGUAAAACAACAUUGAUAUUAAGAGUGGAUCGUAAUAAAGAAUGCAAUUAUAAAAAGUAGAUGAAAUGUGCAAAGAAAAGAUGGUGGAUGUAAUUUUCAUAUUAUAGUUAAAUUAAAUUUAACCUAAAGAAAAUGAUUUUGCGUUCUAAAACAGUUUCAAAUUUUCUUUCUUUUUAUUCUAAUACCUUUCAUUUAUCAGAUUUUUUAGAAGUUUUCUAUUUCAUUCAUUCACAUUUAUUUUAAAUAAGAUAAUAGCAACUCUAGUCCUCUUUUUCAGUAGCACCUGGUAAGAGAAAGAACAUUCCAGACACCUCACAACCAAGUGACCCUCUACUAGGUUAACAUUAUACUAAUAAUGUUGGUGUUGGGUGAUCUCGUGUUUCCCUGCGUUUCAAGAAAUGUGAAACCAUGAGUUCAAGAAAAUAAACACAGUUUGCCCUUCAAUUCCAAAAGUCACAGUUUGUAACCCUUUUUUUUACCAAAAAUUGUUAUAAAUUGCCAAUACAAAGUACACCUGAUUGAUUGGAACAUGAUAUGUGUUGGCAGUCAGUGGCAGGGCACACUCUUGCCAAUGCUUUAAGAUGUAAAGGGCGAUGUUAGAUGUUGGUUGAUUAUUAGAAGUUGUGUCAUUAUAUUGUAUGAUAGAUGUGACCAAUGUAUCAAGUACAUACUGGAUUAUAAUGUUAUGAUGUUACUAGGGAAGUGAUUAAUGUUAGUAUUAGGUUAUAAUACCUAAUGGUGGAGCAAAAAUGGACUCAGAAUGUUGUAAAGAAAAGUUUGUAUGUAAUGACU